UUUUUAGAGAAUAAUAUUUCGAAGCGUGACAAAUUAAAUGUUUUACGACAAGUUAGUUACAGUUAUAGAAAACUAAUAACUUUUUGUAACAAUCUUUUAUCAUAAAUUUAUAAUAUGUAUUAUAUGUGUGUGCUACUGAUUAAAUAAAUAAAUGUCUAAUUUAUUUCUGUAAAUAAAUCACAUUCCGCAAAAAGAUUUUAUAAACGAUCGAAAGAAGCGCAUCAUCGGAGAAAUAACUUAAAUUCCAUGUUGAAACAGAUUGAUAAAUACUGCAAUCUGGCCAUGGCAUUCGUAUUUAUAACUGAAUUUAUAUUAAAGAUUGUCUUGUUUUAUGUGUUUCUUUUAUGUCUCACGGCUUAUGUUAUUAUUUAUUUCAGGAUGAAAAGAACCAGAUACUCACGACCAAUUGUUGGGUUACGCAAGUUUGGACCGAUCAUCAUUUGAAAUGGAAUGCCUCGGAAUUUGCUGGAAUUCGAGUAAUUCGCGUUCCCUACAAUCGUGUCUGGCGACCUGACACGAUUUUGUAUAACAAUGCGGACCCACAAUAUAGUUCAGCGGUCAUCAAUACAAACGUGAUCGUCAGCCACACGGGCGAGGUAGUCUGGUUAAGCCACGGUAUCUUUCGCAGCAGCUGUGAUAUAAAUGUGGAGUUUUUCCCUUUCGAUGAGCAACGGUGUGCCCUCAAAUGGGCCUCUUGGACAUACGACGGGUACCAACUCGAGCUGGAGCGACAGAGCGAGCAGGGGGAUGUGAGCAAUUAUCAGGCGAAUGGCGAAUUCCAUCUUCUGGACUUCGCCGCUCGCAAAAACGUCGAGUAUUACUCCUGCUGCGAGGAACCGUAUCCCGACAUCACUUACGAAAUUCGUCUACGACGUCGGCCGAUGUUCUACGUCUUCAAUCUGAUCCUGCCCUGCAUACUGAUCAACGGCGUUGCCCUGCUGGUGUUCUACGUGCCCUCCGAGUCGGGGGAGAAAGUCACCCUUGGCAUCUCGGCUCUUCUAUCUAUGACGGUGUUUCUGAUGACCAUCCGCGAAACUUUGCCGCCUACGGAAAAGACGCCGCUGAUAAGUCUUUAUUAUGGCGUCAGCAUUUGCUUGGUGUCGUUCGCAUCCGGCCUGGCGGUCGUGACAUUGAAUUUGCAUCAUCGUGGCGUGCGGGGCAUACGCGUACCGAGUAUCGUGAGAUCGCUGGUCUUAGACAAAUUAGCCAGGAUAGUAUUUCUCAAUUUCCAAGAGGAGAAUAGAUCGGUAAAACGGAUGCACGAGUCGGCGGAACAAUUUUCGAGAAGAAAGAACAAUUGUCCGCUGCACUGUAAACCCGAGCUGCCGGAGCAGCACGUUUCCCCCAAAUAUGUUUCGACGAGGGACGAUAGUAACAGUUCUAGUCCCAGCUUAGAUCUCGGGAAAGAAGGUGGCCUCGAGGCGCAUUGGUCCCGAGUCUUGGGAAGAGUGCACGCGACCAUCGAGAGGAAUGAACGACGUCUGGUCGAGCAGGAUCGUCGAGAAAGGACAGAGUUAGAUUGGAAACAGGUCGCUCUAGUCAGUGAUCGUGCCCUGUUGUGCAUUUUCUUCCUCACAACGAUCGUCAGUACAGCAGUGAUUUUAUGCGGCUCGCCUCCGACUCCGGAUGCGUCUAAGGAUGGGUAAUCCUUGGAUUAUUGAUUCGAUUAAUGUUCGAUGAUUAAUGAACAAUGUUUUUCGAGGAUCAUCGAUGAUUUUUAAUUCAGAUAAUUUCGUUCUACGUAUUAGAAAAAAAAUUAAAUAAUUUAGCAAGUCAGAAGAACAAACGAAUAUUUUUCCCGUUACCUGUUUUAUAACAAAUAUGUUAAUUCGUACAAGAAAUAAGUGAAUUUUGAGAAACUGAUGAGAAUGUCUAUUUUUAUUUGUAUCGUUGAAAAAAUAGGAAUAUCAUUUUGAAAAAUUCAUUUUGAAACAAAUCCAGUUUCUUUCUAUUCGUAUAUUUCUUGGACGGAAUAAAUGUAAAGAUAUUUCAUGUAAUUUUAGAUGUUAUACUUAGAAAACGAAAUAUCUAACUUUUACUCAGAGAUGAAUUUAGGAAAUAAAAAUAGUUUUAUUAGCACGAAAAAAAUU